AUGAAUGUUCUUCAUUAUUCCUCAAGUUUAACAAGUUGUCCCAAAUGUAAACGUCUUGUGUGUGAACACACGAGUAUAGCGGAUGUUUCGUUUACAUAUCCAAUGCCCAUCACUAAUAUUUUCGAAGAAACAAAACAUAGUAACAGAAGCAUCUUAACGCAUGAACAAUUAUUAUCUUCAAAUGGAAUAAAUUUCUAUAUAUUACCAAAAGCCUUGUCAACUAGUUGGACAACAUUUGGAUCGGAUGAAAAUAUUGAUGAUGAUCAAAAAACACUUUGUAAUGAGUUAGAAGAUAAUGAUGAUGAUGAUGAUGAUGAUAUACCAUUUUCAAAAGAAUUACGAAAAGAUUCUACCAUCAUAUCGUUCGCUUUUUCAUCAUCUGUCAUACGUACACAGUCAGAUAGACGAGAUUAUCGUCCAAAUGUAUUUGUUCAUCGAUCUUUAUCAACUGAUAUAUUACGUCUAAAUAAAUGUGAACCUACGACAUUAAACAUCCUACGAGAUUCAUCAGACUAUGAAAGACAUGAGCGACCAAGCAAUAUUCUGACAAAUAUUUCAAAUAUCAUUUUAUUACUAUUAUUUUUAAUUACACAUAUUAUCGAUAUUGUCAUAUUAUAUGUUUAUCAUAUACACACAAAUCUAACCAUGACACUCAUAGUUCUAGCAUGUGUAGUUUUUUCCGAUGUUAUAGUAUGGUUUAACAUUGUCUAUGAUUAUAUACGCUGUAAAGUGACUUUAUGUUCAUCAUUCGAAUCUAAAGUAUUAUUAGUACCAUUUGUAUUUCGAUUAUAUUUACUCAUUAAAUUGUUGCGUAUAUUAACACAUAAUUUUAAUAAUCAUCAUUCAUCGAGUCAUUUUUAUUCUACUUCCACAACAGCCUCAACAUCACAAACGACAACAUUAGAAACAAUUAGUUCAACAACAACAACAGCAAAAUCUGAAAAAGAGACCAUGGUACAAAUGAAGACGUCAUCAUUGACAGAUAAUUCUAUACGAACAUUUCGAUAUUUAAUUACAUUUUAUCUCUUACAUUCUGGUUUACUCGGCAUUGUCAAUCUAUAUUUUUGGUCUACUCAUUUUUCCUUUCCACAAUCAUCCUAUUCUGACAAAUAUUUCUUAUUACCAAGGUGGAUGCCAAUAGAUGUAGUUAAUAAUGAUAUACGUUUGCGUUUUAUACGAACAAUCGAAAAAAAUGAAACUAUGGCACAACUACAACAUCAUCAACCGACAAUCGAUUAUUAUUCUGUUAAUUUAAAAGUAAUUACUAUUAGUCCAAAAAGAAUCAUAGCGAAGUCCAGACGAGGAAAUAUCUUCAAGUUAUCCACACGUUCUCGUGUCAAAGCAAGGACAAAUUCAAGUCGUAGUCGAACAAAAACAAAGAAUGUGGCGAAAGACAAACGUCAGUCUAGCCCUGAAACUGUGUCAGAUGCUCCUUCUAAUGAAAAACAACGGUCAAAAUAUAAAAAGAAACGUCAAACAACGGAUAAAGAUGACGAUGCAUCACAAUAUCGAAAAAAAGCUCAAAGAGUAAUUGAGUUCGAUGAUGCUGAUGAAGAAAUUGUUAUCAUUGAACCACAAAAAACAGAAAAUGUCAAUCUAGUCAUAAAUUCGGAAAACGAUCGUUGUUGUAUUUGUAUGGAUGAACCAGAAGAGCCCAAAGUACUCGAUAAAUGUGGUCAUCGGUUUUGUACAGCUUGUAUUGAUCAAUAUUUUACAAAAAUUAAACCACAAUGUCCGUGUUGUUUUAUGGUGUAUGGAGUUAUUAGAGGUAAUCAACCAAAAAAUGGGCAUAUGUCAACAAUAAAAAUAAAGCAUCGAUUGCCUGGCUUUGAAAACAAUUCACGUGGUACUAUUCAAAUAACAUAUGUAAUGCCAGAUGGUAUCCAAGAACAUCAUCAUCCAAAUCCCGGUCAACCGUAUCGAGGUACAACAAGAACUGCCUAUUUGCCAGAUAAUCAUGAAGGAAAAAAAGUACUAAAUUUAUUGAAACGGGCUUUUGAAUUAGAUCAUAUAUUUACUGUUGGACAAUCACGCACUACAAAUCAAAAUGACGUUGUAACAUGGAACGAUAUACAUCACAAAACCUCAAUCCAUGGCGGUGCCGAAUUUUUUGGAUAUCCCGAUGAGACAUACCUGAAUCGUGUUCAACAAGAACUAGCUUCAAAAGGUAUCAGAUAA